UGGUUUCGUCCAGUGGCAACCUCUUGGUUUUAGUAUGUACUUCUUCCAUCGCAACAGCUCAUGCUGUGACAACAACUUCCAUGGAUGAAGGAGGAUUCAACCACUGCUGCCUCCCAUGGCCACCGGACAUGCACAGACGGAACGACCCGCCUGAAUCGUGCAAGAUGAAUCUGCUCAGAUGCUGCUUGCUGGAAUGGAAUCGCCUUAGUCGCUUGCUUUUACCGCCCACGCUAUUAUUCAUGAUGAUUGUCGUCUCCUUACCAUCACAUCACAUCUUUCACCCCUUUGUGACUGGGGAAAGGGCCUCGUGGCGAGCUGCCUGACAUGUUCUCUCCUACCAUUCUGGGUUAUAGUUAGUUACUAAUUAUGAUGAAUAACUCAAGU